UCGGCCUUAGCGAAAGGGGGUGGACUUAGGCAAGGGGUCCAGGUCAGAGUUUAGAGCUUUCAAAUCCCAACUUGCCCCUGGGGAUUGCGCGGCUGAUGUUUAGAACGCCUAGUCAAACCAACCGGCUCGCUCUUGUUUCAGCAAACCCUGACUUACGUCUCCUAUUUGACUUGAGGCGGCACAGUGGCCAAGUCGAUUGGCCGUGGCAAGUGACCCUCCCGGUGGCUGAAGUGUUCUGAGGACUGGCGAGAGAGGCGCGCCAUGCUUGCACCCUGCUCAGGUUGGGAGCUUGGCUGCUUCCGUCUCUGUCUCCGUCAGGUCCGACUGUGGGCUGGCGCUGGGCGCUGGGCUUGCUGGGCUUGCCAAGCCAGGCCGUACAGCUCAGGUGGGGGCGAGCGCUGGCCCGGAUCGGAGACUGAGGUCCCUCCGCCUGGCCCGGCGCGCCGAACUCUGAAGGAGUGGACACUGCAGGUGAGCCCGUUUGGUCGGCUGCGGGCGCGGCUCCCGUGCCACCUGGCCGUGAGGCCCCUGGACCCCCUCACCUACCCGGAUGGCGACCGCGUGCUGGUCGCGGUGUGCGGCGUGGAGGGCGGCGUGCGGGGCCUGGACGGCCUGCAGGUGAAGUACGACGAGGAUCUGGAGGAGAUGGCCAUUGUGUCUGAUACUAUCCACCCCCAGGCGUCCGUGGAGGUGAACGCGCCCCUGAAGUUUGGUUUAGAUAUCAAGUCAUCAGGGUCUGGCUGUGUAAAAGUUCAAAGUAUUGAGUGUGAUAAUUGCAAAAUUGAAACAGAGCAUGGGACUAGCAUCUUGCAGUCUGUUAAGGGUCAAAAAUUGCAUGUUCAAACAAAAGGAGGCAAAGUGAUCUGUCUGGGAACAGUUUAUGGAAAUAUAGAUAUUCAUGCAUCAGAUAAAAGUGCUGUGACCAUAGAUAAACUGCAGGGAAGUUCUGUUACUGUAUCUACUGAAGAUGGUUUGCUGAAAGCCAAGUAUCUUUAUACAGAAUCAUCAUUUCUGUCUUCUGCUGCUGGGGAUAUUACAUUAGGAAGUGUUCAUGAUUCGUCUUCUGGAUGUCUAAAAGCCUCAACUAAUCAGGGUGCCAUAGAUGUUUAUGUCAGCCAACUGGGGAAAGUGAAAUUGAAAUCCCAUAAAGGUUCUAUUAUUGUCAAGGUCCCAUCUUCACUUCAAGCUCAUUUACAGUUAUCAGGGAAAGAGGUUGAUGUGAACUCAGAAGUCCAUGUUCAGGAAAUGGCUGAAGCUCGUAAAGAUGAUGUUGUAACAGUGACUGGACUCAUGAAUCAAGCAAGCAAACGUGAAAAAUGGAUUAAGGCUGAUGCCCCAAAAGGCACUGAAAGAGGAAUGAGAAAUGCAAACCAGAUUAAGAGUAUAAAAAGCAACCAGAAGCCAGGCACGGCGCCUCACACCCAUAAUUCCAGCAGUUUGGGAGGCCAAGGCAGGUGCAUCACCUGAGGUGAGGUCAGGAGUUCGAGACCAGUCUGGCCAACAUGGUGAAAUCGCAUUUCUACUAAAAAUACAAAAAAUUAGCCAGGCAUGGUGGUGCAUGCCUGUAAUCCCAGCUACUCGGGAGGCUGAGGCAGGGGAAUCACUUGAACCCAGGAUGCGGAGGUUGCAGUGAGUCGAGAUCGUGCCAUUGCACUCCAGCUUGGGCAACAAGAGCGAAACUCCAUCUCAAAAAACAGCAACCAGAGUAAAUAAUUGGAUUUAUUCCAUUGGUUCUAUCAAAACAGCUUAUUAAGAUGGAACUUCUAAUACGUCUGAACUGUAACACUGCAUUUAAGCCAAUUUCUUUGCCAUACUUGGCCGUCUGUUAUUUAACUGACCUCAUAAAAUCCUCAAGAAAACGAUUUCUUAAGAAAUGCUCAGUUACAGCUGCAUCAAACAUCUUCUCCAAAAUGCCUUUCAAGAGCACCAAAUAAUUCUAGUGUAACAUAAUCAUUGAAUGUCUGUUGUUCUCAGAAAAGAACUAACGUUGGAGAAAGUAAUUAAAGCCAGAUCCUAAAAGUCAAUACAUCUGAGGCUCCAGACACUGACUCUGCAUGUGCUGUGGUUUCCACUAAACACUAAAAUGAGGUAAUUUUUUAUUCUUAUUAUGUUCACAACUCUUGCAAAACCUAACCAGGGUAAAAAAUUUAUUCAUUUUUCUCAUUAAGCGAAUUAUGUAGUGUGUAAGUUUUCGAUGUCUUGUGCUAAAAACAGAAUCUCUCCUAUAGUUACCUUAUCUAAGUAACGAGAGAGCAUUCUUUAUAAAGUGCAGAUAAUCUAAACAUCUCAAUUUACUCACUUUAUUUUAUUCUCUUUCCUUCUCUUUUUAAAUCCAGGUAAGGAAUUGUGAAAUUAGUUUGUAAGUCACUUUCUCCUCCCCCGGCUUUGUCUGUUCCCUUUUGGGACUUAAUAAUUGGGCUGGAGGAGGCAAGGGGAAAGAUUACCACAUGCCCAGAAGUAUGAAUCUUGGAAGAAGUAAAACUGGUUAAAAGCCACAACACAGACACACACGUACCAAAAGCAGGGAGGAGAAAAAGAAGGAUGAGAAAUGAUGAAAAAGAAAAAUUUCAGGGUUGAG